AUGGCAUCCGCAUACAAGUCAGCGAUGCGGUCGGGCGACGCUUCCGACUCAGAUGAGAGCGUUUCAGUCGUGUCCGCAGGCAGUAGCGCAACCCUGCGCGCCGAAUCCUCCAUCGUAGAAGAAUAUGCUCAAAACCAGAAAAAAUUCAAUGAUCUCUCUCAGCUUGCCCCGGAGAUCCGAAACCGAGUUUUGAUGCUCACUUCUCGCGGAGUCUCAUACAGACACCGCCAUCUUCUGAACGACCUCCACGUCCUACUCCCUCACACCUACAAAGAUACAAAGCUCGACACAAAGUCUUCCAACAACUACAACUCCGCCCUCAACGGCCUUGCCGACCUCCAUUCCUGCAACUACGUCUUCUUCCUGGAAGCACGCAAACACGGUCAAGACCUGUACCUAUGGCUCGCACGAGCUCCCAACGGACCCACGGCCAAAUUCAGCGUGACCAACGUGCAUACAAUGGCCGAGCUGGGUUUUGGAGGGAAUUGCUUAAAAGGUGGGAGAGGCAUUGUUGUCUUCGACAAGAGUUUCGACGAGGAGAUUCCGGGCCAAGAAUACCGUUCGCUGCUACGGGAGAUGUUUCGUGGAGUAUUUUGUGUCCCGCCCAAGGGUAUACGCGGAAUGAAGCCCUUUAUUGAUCGUGUCAUUGGUAUCUACGGGCUUGAUGGAAAGAUUUGGAUUCGCGUGUACGAGAUUCGUGAGUCGGCACCAGAUAAGGACGACAAAGAGCGUGUAAAAGGAGACGACAUUUCGCUGGUUGAGAUUGGGCCUCGGUUUGUCCUCACACCGGUUGUCAUCCUGGAAGGAAGCUUCGGGGGUCCAGUCAUAUUCGAAAACAAACAGUUCGUCAGUCCUAACGCACUCCGGGCCGAGACAAGGAUGCGAAGGGCCAACAAAUACGCAAGUCGAAGAGGCGGUGCUGAAGAUCUAGCAGUCAAGCGAAAAACAUUAGGGUUGAAUCCAGGGUCGAAGAGAAAGAGAUCCGCGCUCGACAAUGCGAACCUUUUUGGGUGA